GCUGUAUUAUGUUAUGAGUGUGUCAUACUUCAUCUAGAAAGGACUCUAAACAAAGUUUAACAUGCUGUGCAACAUAGUAUUCACGGAUGUAUACUGCUUACAGUCUACAGCAAAGCAACAAAAUAUCAUCUGGACACAGCCGUUCGGUUUUAUGCGCGGAGGUUGAAGCUUAAAGGGAAGAGAAUGCAUUGAUGGCUACCAUUACUUUACACGACUCCUUCUUCUCAUUUGGGCGUACACCCAGAUGUUUCGUUUCGAUUCAUUUCGCCGGCCCGAAGCACCUAAUCCUUCAGCGUUACCAGCAUCAUUGUCAUCAAACAAUGCCACUGAACGAAUCACUACUUCUGCACCAUCGUCCUCGACGGCAACCUCAACAGCAGGCGACACUAACAAGUCAACUAAUUUUUUACAACGCAUGGCAAGUGCCGACACUUUGCUGCGAUCGACAUCGUCAAUGAAGCGUCCCAGUUUCUCAAGUCUGCAGACGAGCUUUUCGUCAUCUUCCGCUUCGUCCUUCACCUCCUCCUUUUCUAUACCCGUCCCUACGAAUUCGUGGGGCAUGCUUGCAUUAUCGCGUCUCAGAGCAGCAGACGAUGGCGAGUUUGAUGACAUUAUUGAUCUUUUGUUGACACGUGAAAAGGUUGGAGCUAUUCCUUUUUUUUUUUUAAUCUGGUUGAGCUAUGAAAGAGAAAAUAAAAGUUGGAUGAAAGAAAAGGGGCGUUUUUAACUAAAACAAAAAGGAAUAGGCUUUACUGUUGCUGCCGG